CAAUAAUAUGUGGAAUUCCCACGUCAAUCACCCAGUGAUAUGGUGAUUCAGACUUUACCCGAGGACAUAGAGCACCAGAAGAUUCCCAGAAGAAAACACAAGAGAAAAACACUAAACUGAACCAAGACAAGUUUGAACAUGGCGCUGCUUUCUGACAAGAGCAUCAAUGGGAUGGAACUCUUAGAUCUCCUCUUUGAGCAAGCUGAUGAUGACUCGGUUCCUGAAGAGCCUGAGGGUGGCUUUGUUAACCUGGCCUGGCCAUUCCCCGAUCAAAGUUUACUAUCCCACAGUGAUGAUCAUUUCCUGGACUCCUUGUUGAAUGUGUGUGAGUGUGGAUCAGGCUCAAGCUCACCUCUAUGGGCCCCAUCACCCUGUGAUAGCGGAAUCAGUGAUGAUCCCCUCUCUGACCAUUUAGACAGUCCUCCUCCUCCUCCUCCUCCUCCUCCUCCUCCUCAUAAUCAUCCUUCUUCCAACAUACUCUUUGACUCCUUAAUCUCUCAGCACCACAAUAUUUUUCCUGUUUCUCCUCCUUCUCUUCAUCCUCCUCCUCAGUCCCAUCAUCAACUUCAACAACAACAGCACUCCACAUGCGCCUCAAGCUCAGCAGAACAUGAUGUUUCUAUUAAUGUCGAGACCUGGGAGUCCAGUCUAUCUUUGUACAGUUCGACAGUUCCUCAGUGUGUGUCAAGCUCGGAUGCCCCUUCAGUUUUCCAUCUCAGCGUGAAAGAUCUGCUCCUCUCUAAUUUAGGAGAACCUCCCAAGCAACCUUCCCACAACUUGCUGCAGGAUCUUGUUCUUAAUGAGGAAGAGAAGAAACUUUUAGCCAAAGAAGGAGUGUCUCUACCCAACCAGCUUCCCCUAACUAAGUAUGAAGAGAAGAUCCUGAAAAAGAUUCGCAGAAAGAUCCGGAACAAACAGUCUGCACAGGAGAGCAGAAAGAAGAAGAAAGAGUAUCUUGAUAGCCUAGAAGGAAGAAUGGCUGCUUGCGGUGCCCAGAAUAUGGAGUUGAAGAAGAAAGUGAUUCAGCUGGAGAAAACUAACACGUCUCUGAUGGAGCAGUUACGAAGGCUGCAAGCCCUGGUUAUGAGAAGCUUGAACAAACCUGCUCAAACUGGCACGUGUAUCCUGGUGCUACUGCUGUCUUUCUCUCUCAUCCUGUUCCCCAGGUUCCAACCACUGGCCCACAGCAGGACGAGUGAUCCUGCAGAGUUUAGCACAGACAAAGUUCAGUCACGCUCACUACGCUCUGUGAUCGAGGUCCAUAGUCUGCAGCCAGCCACCUCCAUGGACAGGCAAAUUUCCAAGCUGCACAUCAGGCCGGAAUAUGCUGAUAUGGACCCACUGCACCACAACUACAGUUAUGGAGAUCAGGAGCAUCACCAUGGUGACCCGAUCACCGGGCACACGGCCAUGUUGGGUUGGCAUAAAUCACAGCUGUGUUCUCAGAAAGACAGAAAAUGAUGUCAUACAUCAACUGGCAUAUUAAGUGUUGAUAAGAAAGGGGAAAAUUUUGUAGAACCCGACUGGUUCAGAUAAAGCAAUAUCAUGCUCCGUUGACAUCUGACUUGUACUGAUAUGAGUAAACAAAAAUGAAAAAAGAAAUUACGAUAAGGUUCAGAUUUUGUUCACAGUAUGGUUUGGUCAUAUUAACAUCAUCACUGUGGCAAAGUUGUAUUUUUUUUUUUUUUGUUUUUGCUUUAUCUGGUUGCAUGUGUCAUUUCUGUCUGAAUCAGUUCAUUGUCAAACAAUGUUCAGGCUCAAUGUCAAAACCGUGUCACUCUGUAUAAGAUAUUUAAGAUAAACAGCACUGGUGGAGUCUUUAGCAAAUCAGAGCUCAGUGAGGACAAGGAUUAAGAUUAGGGAAAUGUUCAGCACAUUAAAUAACUGAAAGCUUUUAUCAUGAACGAAUAGACAAGAAAAUAUAUCUCGCAUAUAGAAAUAGCAAAAAAAAGAAAUGGAAAAGCCUAAUAACACAUCUAUAGACACACCCUAUUAGAAUUUAGCGAGUUGGGAUGAAUUAAUGCACAUAAAUUGAAGAUUAAAGAAAAUAGGAUAUGUGCUUUUUAUGUGCUAGACAUAAACUUUCAAAAAAUAAACCUGCUCAAGCACAAAUGUUAAUUCUCUAUACAUUUUAGUUUUAGUUCUCUCAAUGCAACGUAACACAAUGCCACCAUCUGUGUAUCUGGAUCUGUUUACUGCCCCAAAUAAUUGGAUCUGAAUCUUUAAUUGGAUGUAAAAGAGAUGUUGGUGUGGGCUAAACUACAAGGUUUAUUUUUCGCAUCUAUAUUUACUCAUGAUACUUUCUUACAAAUGCAACCGGUUCUAUUUUCCAAAAUAUAAAUCCCUGAAAACCACUAAACAGGUUGUGUUUCACAUUUCUCAACUUUAUUAAGCUGGUGUAUGUCAUAGCUGUGCACCAUAGAGGUUAAAGCCGUUCUUACGAAUAAUUGUACCUAGGGGUAGAAAACAUGAAGCAAAAAAGUAGAGAGCCUAGAACAUAGACUUGUGGAAUGCCAAACUCUCCAUUAACAUUUACAUACUGAUAAUACUUAGUCAGAUAAGACACAGAAGUUGCAAAUUCUUCUAGUCUGUCUAGAUGAAUAUUGCGAACUAGGAUCAAGCAACGCACGCAAGUAGAGACAACCCUGAUCAUAGACCAGUAGUCAGUCAUUUAUCACUUUAACCACUGUUGCCUCAGUAUACAGAUGAAGCCUAAAUGGUGACUAAAAUAUUUCCUAUGUACAUAUUGAUUACAGAAUUACAACUUAAGAUUAAAUUAUUUUAUGAAAUAAGGUGAAUACGUUGUAACGGGGUCUACAUUUGAUGUACAUUUUGUAGAUACAUUUCAGACAGUAUUCAGUAUACUAUUAAAGCUUCCUGGUUGUCGCCCACCGAUGAAGGUGUUGCUACCCCAUAACUGAACAGUUUUCUCAUCUAUGAAAUAAUCAAUUUACAUACAAUUUUCUCAAUAUAGGAAAAUGUGUUGAAAUUCUUAUACAUGGAUAUUAACUUGGGAAACUCAAUUUGCACUUUAGACAUACUUUCAUUUGGUUCGCUUGUGGUAAUCUCCAUAUCUUGGGGAAAAAUGGAGAAGAUGAUGGACACAACAUCAUCUGUGCUGUGCCCUGCAUUGCAAUCUUUCCCCAACUCGAACUGGGAUACAUGGCCUCUUUGCACACAAACCCAUAUUUCUAUUUCUUUUUAAUUAGAUCCACUGAGUGUUAGCUACGUAAACAAUUUGAGGAAUUAAAAAUUACAUAGAAGAGAAAACUCUCAUUGAAGGUCCCCACUCACACAGUUACGGGAGAGCGGAAAUUGUGAGCAUAGAGAACUUGAACUAGUUAAAGAUGUUAUUAGUUUACACUGAAGGUUAACACAGAAAAUGAGACACGGCAGUUUUGUCUGCUUUUUGCAGAGGAUGUGUACAAUGUUGUAGAGCAGAGCAGCACAGCAGGACACCAGUAUUUUGUAAUUGCAGGUUAGUGUUUGGAGGGAAAAUGUAGAGCAACUUUCAGUUUCUUUAUUCCUUAUGCUUAGAAGACCACAGUUUCCAUUAAGCAAGGCUCAAGAAGGGUAUAUAAUUAUUUUCCUUUUCUUUCCAUUUUGUGAAAGGAAUCGCUGAAAGAUUUUAUUGGUUGGCUGCAGUCUGACAGUCUUGUGUUGUCUUCAAUCUUUCUCUGUAAGCAACACAUGUAAGUAACAGACUGAAAACCAGUGCUGUCUUAGUGCUUAGUGCACUAGCUUGUAUGUUCUUCAUGUGUUUUGGGGGAUUUGUCUGUUGAAGUCUUUGGCUAUAGCAAUAUAGCAAUAAAGUAGUUUGAUCAGUAUAUCUCA